GUUCGACCCGGAGACUUUGAUGCCGAUCGCCUGGUUCAGGAUUCAUUUGAGCUCGAGGCUGCCCUGGACGCGAAGUUUGCGAAGAUCGCUGUGCAGGUUGACUUCAUGGGCGAGGCAAGCUCCACUCUCAAUGCCAUCAACAACUCCCUUCCU